AUGGCUACCCUCCUUCCAAGCUUCUCUUGUUCUGGAGGAUCAAUCCAGAUUCACAGUUUCUUGAUUAAGUGUGGCUUUGAGUCAGAUAUCUUUGUCUCUACUGCGUUAAUUGACACAUAUGCAAAAUGUGGGUUUGUCAACUCAGCUCGGCAGGUCUUCAAUGAGAUACCCAGUAAAAAUGUAGUUUCUUGGAAUUCAGUGAUCACAAGCUAUACCCAGAAUGGAAAUGCCCAAGAAGCACUCAAACUUUUUGUCGAGUUGCAGACUGCUAGGGACAUACGACCAGAUUCAUAUUCCAUUGUAACAGCCCUUUGUUCAUGUGCCAACUUAGCCUCACUCAGACAGGGGAAGGAGUUACAUGGUUAUGUAUAUAGAGCUUGUUUAGGAGGUAUAGUCAUUGUUGGUAAUGGACUCAUUCAUAUGUAUGGAAAGUGUGGAGCUUUAGAGCUUUCAGAGAUGGUCUUUGAUAAGAUGCAGGAGAAGGAUGUGGGUUCAUGGACAGCACUCAUUAAUUGCUAUGGAUUAAAUGGACAGGGUUCUAAAGCCAUUUCUAUCUUUGAAAAAAUGAAGCAAACAUCAUCUGUAAUCCCCAAUCCAGUAACUUGGAUUGCAGUUCUCUCAGCGUGCAGUCAUUCCCAUCUCAAAGAAGAUGGGUUCAGGUAUUUCAAAGAAAUGUCUGCUGAUUUUGGUGUGAAACCCAACAUGAAGCACUAUGUUUGCAUGGUGGAUAUGCUGGGAAGGGCAGGACAUUUUCAAGAGGCCUUGAAGUUCAUCAAUGAUAUGCCACUUCAAACUAAUGCGCAAAUAUGGCAAGCACUGCUUGGGGCUGCAACAGUUCAAGGGGACACAGCAGUUGCAGAGCUGGCCGCGAAGCAACUUAUUAAGUUAGUACCUGAAAAUGAUGAUCUUCAGGUACAGUUAGCAAACAUAUACGCAAAUGCUGGCCGGUGGGAUGAUGUUGAAAGGUUACGAGGAAGAGUAUGUUCCAGGAGACCUCAAAAAAACCCUGGGAUAAGCUUGAUUCAGGUUGUGCAAUAG